ACAGUAUAGUAAUCUUUGAGUCUUCAACGAUCUACAACGCCUUCAACAUGAAAUUCGCCAUCGUCCUGUUCGCCCUUUUCGCCGUGGCCCUGGCUGCUCCCGCUGAGGAAGUUCAAAUCGUGAGGCAGAAUUCCGAGGUUGGAACCAAUGGCUUCUCUUACAACUCGGAGACUAGCGAUGGACAGAUUGUUCAGGCCGUUGGUGAGCUGAAGAACGUUGGAUCAGAGAAUGAGGCUCUCGCCGUCCGUGGAGCCUUCUCCUACAUUGGUCCUGAUGGAGUGCCCUACUCCGUCACCUUCAUCGCCGACGAGAACGGAUACCAGCCCCAGGGUGUCCAUAUCCCCGUUGCCCCCGUGCCCUAAGUCUACGUUUAAAUAAAUUGUUUAUAAAAGAAAA